AUGUCCGAUGAAGGGGGCCCUCAGAGGUCGAACCUGCCUCCCACCACUUCAACUACGAGAACGCGCAGUCUGGAUGACAACUUCACACAGACGCAGGACAUCUCGAACGGGCCGCCCGCAGGGCAACAGGAGGCUUCGGACGAGUAUGAUCCUGACACAAGGGGACUGGGUACUGACGCAUACUAUCCGGACGAGCCGGGCAGAGCAGCAGAGCAACAGACCGGGUCCCAGCUUCACUACUCGAUACCGGAUGACUCGUCGGUUUCAUCAGAAGUUUCGAGCGACUCAUCUACGAACGGCGCCCCGAUCCGGGACGUUGCACUUGGCUGGAGUGGAUCUCGCCCACCACUUCCAAGGGGUGAAGAAUGGAAAUUCGUUGGUCCAUUGCCCGAGCUCCCGACACCCCCCGGGGCCCUUCCCGCCACUAUCACAUGCAUUCCAGCUUAUGUUGAAGACGCCGAUAGUGAAGGUUUCGCUGCCGAUGAAGAGCCCAAACUCGAAAGCUGGUCGCGUGAAGGCUACUAUGCCGAUUCCGAGCCUGCAACUCAGGGAAAACUCUGGCCUGCUGAGACCGAUCCACCAAAGUCAAGAAGGAACCCAGCCCACAGGGAUCGUCGGUUUACCUGGCAGAGGCGGUCCUCGCCCACGUCUAGCGCAGAACCUUCGCGAAAAAGCACGAAACGGUCAUUGCGUACUGCUGGGAGUGAACCAAACCGAGCUACGAUUUGGAACUCAUCAGAUAACGACUCAGACGAGUACUCAGACUCCAGUUCUCGGGGUUAUACAAGCCUGUCAAACUCUCAUGACUCUUCUGGCCCAUCUCCCACACGGCUGUCUUUCCGCCGCCAAAAGCUAGUGUCGCGGUUGAACAGGAAUGUUGACAGGUAUACAACUCAGCGUGCACCAACAUAUGAGAAUCCAUUCACGCCUCGUCGGAACGUAGAACCAUACACGAACUUGAAUCCACGCCCACUGUAUCCGCCUCAGUACCCUCCUGCCUCAAAUUAUCCAUUCAGUACGCACUACAACGGGUACGCUCCGCAGGCGAAUUACGGGAACUAUAACAUGCCAAAUAUUCCCUACAAUCACUACUCGCCCUAUGCCAGUGGUCCUCCUGGAUAUUAUCAGCAGCAUUACCCCUAUCAAAGGGCGGCCAACCCGAACUACUUCCAAGUACCACCGCAAGCCCCACUCGAUACGCAGGCAUCACCUUACGGUCAACAACCGAUGGGAGACCCAGCUAGUGGACAUGACAAUCAGGCCAAGCGAGAAUCCCCGCCGGAACGCCUACUGUCAGGGCCUGUCAUAUUGCAAAUGCCUGUGCAGAACCCAUCAGCACACUACAAGGCUCCUGUGUCGGUCGACUCGCGUGCUAAUGAGAUAUCGUUUCAGCUGUCCCUCAAACCUCUACGUAGUGACCAGGGCGCAUUGUACUCUGCCACUUCGGAAAUGGUCUGA